AUGACAGCAGGAAAGGAGGCUGCGGGCCUCUACAAAGUCCGGCUCACGGAGAAGCUCAUUAGAAGCCUACGCGUCUCGCUCACGGUCGACUGCGUGGCGGCCUGCCGCGGCGCGGAGGCGAGCGCCUCGUCGGGCUCCUCCGCGGACGCGAGGCUUCGCGGCGAGGAGAAAGACGCAUCCAGCGGCCGCUGGCGAGUGUCUAGCGUCGACUGGUCUCAGGACGGCUCAACAGUCGUUCUGGCGCUCUCUCCGCGCGAGCGAGAGGGCGCGCGCUGGGAGGCAGACGCCGGCGGAGCCAGCGGGAGUGCGGCGCUUCGCGAAGCGGAACGCAUCAGCGACGGCCGCAAGGCGAAGCUCCUCUUCUUCAGCACGCAGACUGGCAGCUUGACACACAUUAGAGAAACAGAGUGGCGCUCCAUCGACGCGGUGCGAUUCGUGCAAGGAGGCGCGCGGAAAUGUCUCGUCGCGACAAGCGACGGCGCAUACGCAGUGGUUCUGUGGGCGCUGGACGAGAACGUGCUUCCCAUCCGGUACUCCCUCCCCGCCCCAGUCGUGCCGCACACAGGUGUCGACGUGCAUCCGACGAGCGACCUCUUUCUUGCGUCCUGCAUCGACGGCACCGUCCUGCUUUUCCAUCUCGAGAAGGCUCAAGCGCUGGGACAUGUGCGUGGCUCGAGCUCGUGUCCCGUCGCCGCGUUCGACUGCGAGGGCCUCGUGUACGCUUGUUCUCUGGGUAAUAGAAAAAUCCACCUCUUUGGCUGCGACGACGAUGCGAUUGAGAAGGAGCCGGCUGGGCAGUUCAGCAGCUUCGACCUCUCUCCCUUCCUGGCCCCUGGAUCUCAUAUCACCUCCCUCGCGUUCGGCCCAGACGAGAAGACGCUUCUCGUGUGCAGCAAUCGCGGUCAGGUGCUGCUCAUCGACGCCUUCGACGGCAACAAAAUUCACGAAUACCAUCCGGCUCAGUCCUCGCAGUCGCUGCCUCUGUUUCCGUCGUCGCAUCUCUCUUCGCGCUCGUCGCUGCCCUCGUCGAGGCCCUGUCCGCCGGCGUACACGCCCGACGGCAAGUUCCUUCUCUGGGGCAGUUCGGCUGCUGGCGGCGCGCUCUGCGUUUGGAAGGCGAUUCAGAGCCCGGCCGAAGCGGGUGUCCAGGUCCCCCCCGCUCACGCGGGGCGCGGCGCGGAGAGGAAGAAGAGCGGCGACCCGCUGCUUGUGGCGAGACUCCGAACCGGGGUCUCGAGUCAAGACGGAGAGGCUCCAGGCGGGGAGAACGCGCAGACGUGCGACUUUGUCCUCUGCAGCCGCGUCCACGCACUCAUGAUUACAGUCACGGGUGAGCGGCUAUCCUUCUGGCAGCCUCCAGUUGUUUGA